CUUUUUUUUGUCCUUUUUUGAUAAAAGAGCAAUAUACCCUUUACUUACUUCCAAAAACGUUAAUAAACCUCACAAUGAUAAGAAUUACCAAAACGAAGUUUAAAGACUUGAAACUAAUCGUAUCUGACUUUGAUGAAACUGUAACCGUUGGUGAUACGAUAAAAUAUGUAGCUGAAUCGGCGUACUUGGCCAAACCCCAGUAUAAACCGACUUUUGAUCAUUUCACUCAAACCUAUAUGAAAGCAUAUUCAGAGUAUACUAAAGAUUUUGGUUCGAGAGAUAGCUUAGUGAAAGAACGGGAAUUUCAAACUAAUUUGAAAAAAAUUGAAAUGAUAUCAAUUAAUGAAAUAACUUCCAAGGGAUUAUUUAAAGAUAUUCCGGUUGAUAUUUUUGGAAAACAAGCUAAUAAAGUAAGGUUGAAACCUGGAUUUACCGAUUUCUUAGCUUUGGCAAUUGAUAAGAAAAUUCCGAUUAAGAUAUUGAGUAUUAAUUGGCUGAAAGUUUUCAUUGAAGCAGUCUUAACCUUAAAUGGUUUCAAUCCUACAGAACAUAAUAUCGAAAUCUUGGUUAACGAUUUGGUUUCUGUUAAUGGCAUAACCACUGGCGAUUUCGAUCCCACCAUAAGUAUAAGAACUGGUUUAGAUAAAUUAGACCACAUCAAAAAACUAAAUCAUUUGUACAAUAAUCAAAUCAUGUAUAUAGGUGAUAGCUCGACUGAUUUAUUAGCUUUGCUCGAGGUUAAAUACGGUAUUAUCAUCGAAGGUGGUUCGAUAUUGAACCUUUUACAAAAAUUAAAUAUCAAAAAUGAUAAUUUACAUAUCGCUAGUUGGAAUCUACUAGCUCAAAAAAUCUGA